AUGAUCUUUUUUUCUGCAUUCCAUUGCUUUGUUUUUCCAUCUGUAUUUUUUACUUAUAUCGACUUUUUUUCCUUCUCUACUACUUUUAUUUCAUUCCCACCUGCUUUCAUACCUUUCACUUUUUAUUAUUCCAACAGUAAACGCAUCCCCCUUCUCUUCUCAUAUCGAAAUUCUUCUUCUUCUUCUUCUUCUUCUUCUUAUUAUUAUUAUUAUUAUUCCCUCCACCUAUUUUCAAUUAUUAGCCCUUCUCCAUUCCACCUGCCCUUCUUCUUGCUCUUCUUCUUUUUCUUCUUUCCCUUCUUCUUCUUCUUCUUCUUCCUCCUCCUCCUCCUUCUUCUUCUUCACCUUAAUCAUCAUCUAUUUCCCCAAUUGCUGCUGCCCCUCCUCCCCCUCUUCUUUUUUGUUUCUUUUUCCACUUCUUCCUUUUUUUCUUAUUCUUCUUCCACCUCAUUCCACUUCUCUUCCUUUUGCUCCUCUUAUGUUUUCUUGGUUUUCCUCCUCUUACGCCUCCUCUUCCUCCUGCUCUUCUUCUUCUUGCUUCUCUACAUCCCCAUCAUCAUCUUCUUAUCCAGAUCCUCCUCCCCUUCUAUUUUUCUUCGUUUUCUUCCUUCUAUUCCUGCACCUACUAUUCUUCUUUUUCCACCUCUCCCUCUUCCACCUUCUUCUUCUUUUCUUCUUCAGUCCUCCUCCUCUUUACCUUCUUCCUCCUACUCCUGCUGUUCUUUUUUUUCAUCGUCUUUUUCUUUUUCUUUUUCCAUCUUCUCCUCAUUUCUUCUUCUUCUUCUUCUUCUUCUUCUUCUUCUUCUUCUUCUUCUUACCCUUGCGACUUUUCUCUUGCACAUUCCACUACUUGCUCACAUUUUCCCACCUUUUUCUGGUUUACCAAAUUUUCUUCUUUCCCAUAAAUCUUUUGUCCAUCUUCGAAAUCUUUCUCACUUUCUUCAAUCUCCUCUCUACCACCUUACCUUAAUCCUUCCACCUAUUUUUCGCGCCAUUGCGUCACUGCCAUUACCUUCCAGGAAGUUGUCAUUGGAAGAAGAGGAGGAGAAAGAUGAGAUGAACAGAGCAAUAGUGGCCGUUACGAUCUUGAAGAGUCUUCCACCAUUUUUAGCGGGGUUUCUUCUUGAUUUGUUCUUCAUUUUAAUCCUCAUUCUUCUCCUGGAUUCAUUUAUUUAUUUAUUUAUUCUUCUUCUUCUUCUUCUUCUUCUUCUUCUCCUUCUUCUUCUUCUCCUUCUUCUUCUUCUUCUUCUUCUUCUUCUUCUUCUCAACCCUUUUCUUUCCCUUCUGCCUUUGACUUACCCUGUUCUUCAAGAUUUUCCUCAUAAUCCUCAUUCUCCUUUGUAUGUCUCUAUUCUUUCUUUCUUUCUUUCUUUCUUUCUUUCUUACAAUGGGUUACUUUGUUUUUUCAAGAUAAUCCUCAUUUUUCACCGGAAUUUCUUUUCUUUCUUUCUUUUUUUUUCUUUCUUCCUUUCUUUCUUUCUUUCUUUCUUUUACAUCGUCGAGGAUUUCUUCUUCUUCUUCUUCUUCUUCUUUGUCAUCAUCACUAUCUAUUUCUUCAAUAGUCAUCAUUCUCUUCAGGGUCUCUUUCCGUCUUUCUUCUUCUUCCAAUGGGUUACUUUGUUUUUCAAGAUAAUCCUUAUUCUUCACCGGAAUUUCUUUCUUUUCUCUUUCUUUCUUCUUCAUCGUUUUGGCUUUAUUUUCUAUUUUGCUACUCUUGCACUUUUCUCUAGUGGGUUUCUUCUUAAUUUCUUCUUCAUGAUAUUGCUCAUCUUCCUCCGGGACAUUUUUUUUUUUUUUUUUUUUUUUGCUGCCUUCAUUUACUUCUUCUGUUUCCAAUGGUUUACUUUCUUCAUCUUCUUCAAUAAUCAUCAUUCUCCUUACGAUUUAUUUCUUCUUCUUCUUCUUCUUCUUCUUCUUCUUCUUCUUCUUCUUCUUCUUCUUCUUCGUCGUCGUCGUCGUCGUUGUCGUCUUCUUCUUCUUCUAAUGGAUUACUUUAUUCUACAGGAUAAUCAUCAUCAUUCUCCAGGAUUUCUUUCUUUCUUUCUUUCUUACUUUCUUUCUUUCUUUCUUUCUUUCUUUCUUUCUUUCUUUCUUCUACUUCUUUCACCUUCUUCCAAUGCCUUUUGUUUUGUUUUUUUCUUCAUUAUACUCAUCUUUCUUCGCCUAGACAUCUAUCUAUCGUCUUCUUUUUCUUCUUCCCUACAUUCCGAUCCCCACUGUUUAGGAGUUUAUUCCCACCGUAAUUUCUUGUUUGGUUUUCUUUCUCUAUAUGUUUGUUUUCAUUCUUCUUAUUUUUCAGGUCUCGUUACUAUCUUCAUUCUUCUUCGCUCCUUAUUUCAUCUCUUUUUUUUAAUUCAUUCUUCCUCAGAAUGUCUUCUUCUUCACUCCACUUUCUCUCAUUCUCUCCUCUUUCUUUUCCUCGAGUUAUUUUUUUCCUUUUCUUCUUUUGAAGAACUUACAAAUUCUUUCAUUCCUCUUCUUUUUUUCCCUCCCUUACUCUCUCCAUUUCCUCUUCAUUUCUUCCUUUGCUUCCCGUUUCUCUUUGCUUGUUCUUCUUCGAUAAUCUUUCCAACUCUCUUUUUAUUCAUUCAUCCCUUCUCCCUCAGGCAGGACAGGCUAUCAAUGGCCGGACAUGGUAAUCUGAUCUCAGCAAUCGAUGUGUUGAUGUUCUCGUUUAUAUUUUACUCUAUGUUUCCAACUCUUACUUUUAAAUAUCUCUUUCCCUUUCACUUUCAUUCCUAUCUCUUUUCUUUUCUUUUUUCUUCUUUCUUGAUCUUUGUUUUCCUUCUUCUUCUUCUUUCUUUCUUACAUUUUCCUUCGUUUUUCUUUCUUUCUUUUUCCUUUUUUCUUUCUUUUUCCUUUUUUCUUUCUUGCAAUUAUUUCUUUCUCUUUUCUUUCCCUGUUCAUUUAUAUUGUUUUUUUCUUUGUAUCCAUGUCUUUUCUUUUCUUUUCUUUUCUUUCUUUCUUUCUUUCUUUCUUUCUCCUUCAUUUUUCUUUCCCUCUUUCUUCCUUUUUUCUUUUUCUUUCUUUCUUGCAAUUCUUUCUUUCUCUUUUUUUCCCUUUUCAUUUAUAUUGUUUUUUCUUUGCAUCCGUUUCUUUUCUUUCUUUCUUUCUUUCUUUUGUUCCUUUCCAUUUAUACUUUUUGUUUACCUCGUCUUUAAACUUGCAUUAAGUCUUUCUUUCCUUUAUUUUCUUUCAAUCCUUUUCCCCUUGACUUUCUUCCUUCCUUCCUUCCUUCCUUCCUUCCUUCCUUCCUUUCUUUCUUUCUUUCUUUCUUUCCGCUUGAGUCUCCAUCUUGCCUGCUCCCAGGCUUCUCAAGCUCUGACCUUCUUCUUCAAUUCCCCUAAUGCCACUGACCAACUGACCGACAAACCAAACCUAACCCCACUGCCUAACGCAAUUCUCAAAUCACCUUCUCUUCUCUCCUCUCCUCUCCGCCAUCUAGGUUUUUCCUUAAGUCUCUUUUCAUGGUCUUUGCUUAUCUCUCAAUCACUACAAAAUACUGCUCUCUUCUUUCUGAGGUAG